AUGCAUAGACGAUUACGGCCUUCUCUCUGCAAAUCCCUUGUCCAACCCUAUUGUCGGACCCCUCAGCUUCCAUUUUCUCCGGAUUCAAUCCCUCCGCCUCAUGGAUUCGUCAAGCUCCUCCGACAAUUUCACCUCGUCCCCACCGGCAUCACAGGGAAUCUCUACACUCCGACGCCCCCAUUUCACCGGAACCCCCGAACCCAGCCACCGCGUACGGGCACGGCAAGGAGGUGGAGCUCGGGGUCGGAUUUGGAUGUGGACAGGGAAGUAGACACGAUAAAUCUCAAGUUCGCAGAGGCCAGAGAGGAGCUGGAGAUGGCUAUGGACUCCAAGGAGACUGUCUACUUCGACGAAGAAGCUGAAUGUGCGAGAGAUGCGGUGAACGAGGUCCUGCGCUUGUACGACUCGCUUCUCGUGAAGUUGCCGGAGAGCGAGAGGGGCGCCGUGCAGAGGUCGAUGGGGCUCAAGAUGGAGCAGUUGAAGGCUGAAGUCAAACAGUUGGAAGAUUGA